GAACAUUCAGUUAAGAAAGUGCUAUUUUUGACUAUUAUAAGAAGUUGAGGAAAUAUUAUCACAGCAUUUAUAUUUAAAUAGUGCAUUGUUUUACUACAAUGGGAAGCGUUGAUCUUCAUUCACAAGAUUUGUUGCGGGAGGCUUACAACCAUGUUGGCUUGUACGGGAAUAAGGAUGAGUCUGAUAUGCCACAGUACGACGGGAAAGACACGCAUUUCACGGAGGAUGCGUCGGGUCGCGCUGACGGACACGUAGAUUCGUCGGGUGGUGAAGAAUCUUACGCUGAUGAAAGCGAGAAAGACGGAUCGUCGGCUGACGGUGACGAGGAGGGACAGUAUGCUACAUUGGAGACUGUCGGAUCGAAAUAUCCCGCCGGCAAUGAAUUCAGAAAUGCGACACAGGAUGUUAAUGUUAUAGAAUUCAGAGAUACAGUUCACGCAAUGCCGUAUCAUUUUCAACCGUUCCCGACGUACUUUCACGGGGACAGUGUCAAACAUCCGUAUCCAGCGUCUUUGCAUCCUGCGUACAAACAAGAAACGUAUGAUAAUGAAGAAGACAUCCACGGCGGAGAUACUUAUAGUUACCCGCCGUAUGGAUCUUAUUCCGCCGGACAUAGUGUACAGAAGCCACGAGAUGCUCCGUACGGGUACGCCAUCCCACCACCCUUACCGACGGCGGCUCAACAGCAGCAUGGAUGGGGAGCUUACGGCCACCAGGACCCGGCACAAUCUUCGCCGACGGGAAAAGCUGGCGUAUUUCUAUGUAACAGAGAACUGUGGUCGAAGUUUCAUAAUCAUAUCACUGAGAUGAUUGUCACAAAACAAGGCCGACGCAUGUUCCCGGUGCUGGAGUUUAGCUUUACGGGCCUCAUUCAAACAAAGAUGUACAAUGUGUAUGUAGAUAUGAUCCUGGCAGACAAUCAUCACUGGAAGUUCCAAAAUGGAAAAUGGAUACCUGUCGGUGACGCUGAACAACUACCAAAAACUGGAAGAAUUUACCUCCACCCUGACUCGCCCAACACCGGCGCUCAUUGGAUGAAGCAGGACAUCAUAUUCAACAAGCUAAAACUGACAAACAACAAGAGUAAUUCUGGAGGACAUAUCGUAGUCAACUCAAUGCACAAGUACCAGCCUCGGAUCAACGUAAUCGAAGUAGGGCCAUGUAAAACUGGGGACCCGAAAACACUACAGACGCACUUCUUCCCAGAAACCCAGUUCAUCACUGUGACAGCUUACCAGAACACUGAUAUUACGCAGCUGAAAAUUGACCACAAUCCGUUCGCUAAAGGAUUCAGGGAUACACAAGAUGGGAAUGUACAUGCAGGUAGGAUGCUUCCAGGCGGCUACCCCCAAAUCAGUCUGACGCCCCAGGAUAUGGGAUUCAACGGCCCACCCCCAUACGGCAAGAGCUUCGCUUCCGGUGAACACAUGGUAAAAUUAGAGAGCGAUUGUUCAACAACACAGGGAUAUUAUCCAAAUGGCGGGUAUCCGACUUCUGAACCACAUAGAAGUGUACCGUUCUUUUCCCCGCCGAAUUACCCAGCCCCGACUUAUUCUACUACGGGUAAUAUUUCAUCCAGCAAUUUUGAGCCUCAUGGAGGUUUACCUCCACCACCACCUGCUUACGACCAGUUCCGGAUAGCGCCACCAGUGCCUUCUGAUACGCAUGCGCAAGAGUUUUGGGGAGAAGAAGAACAUUCCGACGAGCAGUACGAAGUCGAGCCACCAACGAAAAGAAUGAGGUAUUCCGGGGAUGACUAUGGUGCAGAAUCUGCUUGAAGUAGGAUCUGAAAACUUUCUUGCCUUAUUUUAUUGAUUUGAUUAAACUGAAACUUGGCAAAAAAUACCUCUACGGUUGAUCAUUGUUUGAUUUCACAUUUUUCGUUUUUUUAAUGGUACAGAUUCCACCUUUUCUGAUAAAAUGCAGCGACACUAUGGUACAAUAUUUGACGCAAUGCGAUUUAUAACUGUAAAGUAGUAGUAUUAGAAGUCAUUUGUUUCAGUAAAAUGCGCUCGCGCUUAUCCAACUAUUCCUUACUGAGUAGUCAAAAUUUCAAAAAUCAUCAAAAUUUUAUUAACAGAUUAUGUGAAUGUAACAUUAACAGAUGAAAACGUAUCUGAAACAUCAAAAAUAAAUAAAUAUAUAUAUAUUUUUGUUUUUAAGUCAUAAAAUCUAGUCCAACUAUUUAGGUUACAGACUGUUUUCUUUGACUAAGACUUUAAUCAAAGACUAAACGAAUCUUUUUUUAAUUAGUACUACCUUAACAUUGACCUUUUAUUUUCGAUUAAACACAUCAAACAUCAUUUAAAAUUGAGAAAAAAAAAACAACAACAUUUUUAGUAUAUAGCGUCUCGUUCUAGUCAAUCUACAUUUAUAUAAGUGCAUGUGUGAUGUAUAUAGUGAAGAGUUGUGAUAUAUUUAAGAAAUCAUUCUAUUCAUUUACAUCCUUCAUUUUCGUCCAUUUUCUCAUUUUGUUUAUAUAGGUGCAGCUACAUGAUAUUGCAACUUAAGUCGUAAAAAGCAUAUUUUAGUGUUUUCGCCUUGUACAAUAACGAAUAUGCAAUGUUUGAUUCACCUAGUUAAUAACAGCCUUUCUUUAUGCUUCAUUUUUCAGUACUUCCCAAUAGCAAAAAUGCGUAUACAUUUUAGCUCGUCUGUUUUUUUUAAAAAAUCAACAAGGCAUUGUCGUCACUUGAUCGUCGGCGUCGGCGUUGGUUAAAUUUUUUGUUUAGGUCCACCUUUUCUAAAAACCUACAGUUAAGAGCUACAGUUUUGAAACUUUGCACACUUAUUUAUCAUCAUUAGAUGACUGUAUAGGCCAAGAAUCAUAACUCUGAUGUGCAUUUUGUCAGAAUUAUGGCCUUUUUUAUACUUAGAAAAUUUGAGUUUUCUCAAAAACUAUAAGAACUACAGCUUUGAAACUUUGCACACUUGUUAAUCAUUAUUACAUGACUAUGCAGGCCAAGAGUAAUAACUCUAACCUGCAUUUUGUCAGAAUUAUGUCCCUUUUUGUACUUAUAAAUUCUAAACUGUAACUCUUUUCUUACAUACUGUCCAACACUUGCAGACGAGCGAUGGCACCCGUAGACGGUGCUCUUGUGCUCUUGUUGUAUUUUUCCUAAAACUUUCAAAAAGAUGGCAUAUCUUUUCACUUUUUGUGUCCAAUUAUUUUUGGAUUCGUAUAAAACUGUCACUCAUGUCAAUGGUAAUUAUCUCCGCAAAACUCGAGAUCGACUUGUUUUAUAAUCCAACAUGAUAGCUCACACAUUAAUGUAUUUAAUCUCAGGAUCGGUUAGAGCUUUUCUGUUAUAAUUUUUUUAUAAUUGGACAAUUUGAAUACUACAACGUGCGAUGCACUCUAUUUUUAAAAAAUGACAUUUUUCCGUUACAUAAGUCAUUUCGGAGGAGCUGAUGAUGUCUCUAAUGAAAAUCCAUAUACGUUUACAGAGAACUUUAGUUGCACUAUUAUGUAAUUUUGCCCAAUAUUUCCUCAUACUUUUACUAAAGCAUUAUUUUUAUGUAUAUCAUACAGGUGACCUUCCAAACUUACAUUAUUAGCUCGAUUAUUCUUAGAAUAGAUUGAGCUAUUUGAAUAGGUAGAGCUAGUUGACUCUGACUCGUCUGUCGGCGCCGGCGCCGGCGUCCUGAUUCUGUUAAGAAUUUGUCUGUAAGCUGGUAUCUCAGUAACCACUUGUGGGAAUGGAUUAAAACUUCACGCACUUAUUCACUGUGGUAAUCUGUCUUACAUUGCACAGCUUCUAUAACUCUAUUUUGCUUUCAUACAAAAUUGUGCCCCCUUUUCGAUUUUAUUUUCAUUCAAUUGACGAGGCUGUUGAAUAGUCAAGCGUGACUGUCCUCCGACAGCUCUUGGUUUAUACAUGUUGUACCAGGGAGAAGUUUCAAUUAUAUUAUGUUCGAACUUGUUUUCUUCUUUAUCAUACACUUUAAUAUAGAUUUAUACUUGUUCUUUAUCAUAAAUUUAGAUUUGUUCAUUAUCAUAAAUUAAGACCUAUUCUUUAUCAUACUCUUUAUCAUAGAUUUAUACUUGUUUUUAGCUCAUCUGAUUUUUUAAAAAAAAAUGAUGAGUUAUUGUCAUCACUUGAGCGGUUGUCGGCGUCGGCGUCGGCGUCGGUGUCGGCGUCGGCGUCGGCGUCGGCGUUGCCUGGUUAAGUUUUAUGUUUAGGUCAGCUUUUCUCCUAAACUAUCAAAGCUAUUGCUUUGAAAGUUGGAAUACUUGUUCACCAUCAUAAGCUGACCCUGUAUAGCAAGAAACAUAACUCCAUCUUGCUUUUUGCAAGAUUUAUGGCCCCUUUUGUACUUAGAAAAUAUCAGAUUUCUUGGUUAAGUUUUAUGUUUAGGUCAACUUUUCUCCUAAACUAUCAAAGCUAUUGCUUUGAAACUUGGAAUACUUGUUUACCAUCAUAAGCAGACCCUGUACAUCAAGAAACAUAACUCCAUCUUGCUUUUUGCAAGAAUUAUUGCCCCUUUUGGACUUAGAAAAUCAGUUUUCUUGGUUAAGUUUUAUGUUUAGGUCAGCUUUUAUCCUAAACUAUCAAAGCUUUUGCUUUAAAACUUGCAACACUUGUUCACCAUCAUAAGCUGACCCUGUACAUCAAGAAACAUAACUCCAUCCUGCUUUUUGCAAGAUUGAUGGCCCCUUUUGGACUUAGAAAAUAUCAGAUUUCUUGGUUAAGUUUUAUGUUUAGGUGAACUUUUUCUCUUAAACUAUCAAAGCUAUUGCUUUGAAACUUGCAACACUUGUUCACCAUCAUAAGCUGACCCUGUACAGCAAGCAACAUAACUCCAUCCUGCUUUUUGCAAUAAUUAUUGCCCCUUUUGGACUUAGAAAAUCAUUUUCUUGGUUGAGUAUUAUGUUUAAGUAUACUUUUCUCAUAAACUAUCAAAGCUAUUGCUUUAAAACUUGCAACAGUUUUUCACCAUCAUAAGUGGACACUGUAAAUCAAGAAACAUAACUCUAUCCUGCUUUUUGCAAGAAUGAUGGCCCUUUUUAGACUUAGAAAAUCAUGGGUAGGACAAUAUUUCUAUUAUACAAAAAAAAAUCAGAUGAGCGUCAGCACCCGCAAGGCGGUGCUCUUGUUUUUUUUAUCAUAAAUUAAGACUUGUUCUUUAUAAUAAAUUUAGACUUGUUCUUUAUUAUAAGUUUAGACUUAGAUUUCGAAGGUAUUUUUCUCAUUUGCUAUCAUUUUUCUUGUAAUUAACCGAUUCUAGUGACAAUUUGCAUCAGUAUUAAGUAGUUCCACGUCGUAGUUUUGCUAAAAUUGUCGGUAUCAUAAAAGACUAUAGCAAAGGAAAAACACUGAAAUAACUCCCAAAAACUUAAAUUUCUGAUUAAGGAAAUUGUUGAAUAUGUAUUUUCUUUCGAUUUAUUUGAUAAGAUUGAUGUCAAGAAGAACUUCCAUGAUACAGUUUGAUAUGCUGUAUUCUCAAAAUAAACCUCGUGUCAGCUAUAUAUGUUGCAAAAACUAGAUUUUGUACUUCCAUUACGAACACAACAUCAUGAUAUGAAACUAAGUGUAUGCUAAAGAAUACUCCCCAUCCCCACUUUGAUACGAGCCAACACUUUUCUUUAUUUGACAGAACAAUAUCUAUUAAUUGCAUUUUUUCUCUGCAAGUAUAUUUUGAGGGUUUUAAAGAAAAAGAGUUUCCUUCAUGAAAUUUUCAAUGCGAGUUUUAUUUUUUUUAGACCGUUUAAAAAUGGUACGACUGUCCAAUCCGAGUUUCCUUUCAUUUACUCUGUACUUUCAUACUAAUGCAAUCAAAGGUGCCAAGUUUGAUUUUGAUAAUUACACUGUAUCCUAUGUUAAAGGUAUGCAAGACAGUAUAUAAUUCUCAUCAUUUUAUAUAAAUGUAUAUACGAUUUUGCCAUUGUAUAUCAUAGUAAAGCAAAGGUGCUUAACUCUUUUGAACUUUUGUCCAAGCUCAAAGUAGAAGGUAUUGUCAAAACAUUGUUGAAAAUGAUAUAAUUUGAAAAGUAUUAUAAUGCUUUUAAAUUUUUCAAUGCUCAUUGAGCUACUUUAAAAAGUUAUAAAUUGGAUAAUAUAUUAUGAUAAACUACAUGUAUUACGAAUUAUUUGAUAUGUAUAUGAUUCUGUGACGAGUCAUUAUCUGUCAGUGACAAAAAAAAACUUCUGUUACAUUGAUGAAAGGUGUCCUUCUGUGAUAGAUCUAGCCCAGGAAUAGCACAGGUAUUUUUACUGCAGAUUGUUUGCUUUCAAAUCUUUUAAAAGCAACAGUCUUUAGUUAAAACGUCUCGUGUUAUUUCGCGGGAUGGCUUAUGGAAGUACAUGUAUUCUGAUACUUAGUUGUCGUUCUUGUACUUCCGGUCCAUAACAUCUGUCAAAGAAGCAGAAGGAUAUUGGACAAGAUGUAGGGCAUGUAACUAUAGAUACGUUAAAUUUAUAUUUGGUUUAGUGACAUUUUUAUGAACUCAUUCAUAUUUGUGUUUCAAAAUUACAAACUGAAUAUAACUUUGAUAAAAGCAUUUGUUUGGAAUGAAAACCUGCCUUUAAUGGACUGUUUAAAAUUUUGAAGUGCACGCAAAAUAUACUUUUAUAAUAUUUUGACUUGUAAACAUUUCAAACAUACAUUGAAAACAAGAAAUAGGUAUCAUUGUCAUAAUGUUUCAUCACCAUUAUCACUUUUUCAUGUUUGCUCACUUAGAAUAAGUGUGGUUUUAUAGUUUUGUUGUUUUAUCAUAUCAACUGACUAUAUUUGUGUUAAUUUGAAGUACAGGUGCUCGGAAUAAUGAUUCGAAGAAAAUUUGUCUGAAAAAAGGUUACGAAAAAUGUGUUCUCAGAAAAUUAUGUCAAAAACGGGGCUAAUAUAGGGCGCUAAUGCCUCUCAACACAUACGGGUAACACGAGGAAUUGUUGGAUGACGAGUCUAGUAUCGGUUUGAAGUCUGAAUACAUGUCACGGUAUUGUGAGUUUUGUAACAGUUGGAACGAGGUUUAUAAUGUUGCGGCUUUCCUGUCAAGUUUUGCAAAAUAGUAUUUUGUGACAUUUAAUUGCUAAAGUCCAAGUAACAGAACUCUCAAUCUUUUACAUGAGUUCCAAAGUAAAUUUGUAGUCUUUUAUUUAUUAACCUUUUUGUAUGAUAUGAAUUAUUCUAGGACAUCAAACCGAUACUUUACCAGUCGUUCAACCAUUUAUUAACCCUUAUCAUGCUGGGCACGACUGAUUCUGCCUUUGCGACCAGUGCAGCUGCGCAUCCGUGCAGUCUGAUCAUAACCUGCACUGUCCGUCAUUCAGUCAGUAUCUUUUUGGUACGCAUCCCUUUCAAAAGUUAAUGGUACUUUCCAAAUUGAUGGACAAGUUCAUUAUUAAAAAUUAAGCAGGAUAGGGGUUAAGAAGUAUGAUGGGAACAUACUGAUACAAGCGUGCCUAUGGAAGUGUUGCUGUAAGUUUGAAAGAUCGUUUGUUCAACGCUAUUCUUCUAUGCUGAAGAUCAAUGGUAUUCUUGAGUAUAUAUUUUUGUAUAUGUUAUAUGUUUACAAGGAAGUUAAGUUACAAGUGGAAUUGGUUUUUCAUGACAUGAAAAUACGAGGGUACUGUAUAAAGCACUGCGGGUCCUUUUCUUUGAAUAUUAAGGAUAAAUGUACGGUAAAUUGUUCGUAAGCGGAUGGGAUUGGUUCCUGAUUUUAAAUCAAGAUGUGUAUUUUACACAUUUUAUAUGUCACAUUGAAAAGGAAAGCAUUUAUUUUUAUUGUUUGAAUUUUUCAGAAAACGUGCUGUGUAGUAUUUUUUAUUUUCCUUCAACAUUCCUGGACCCGUAACCACCAAAGUUUUGGGUUCGUAUCGAGUUAGAUAGGAAACUGGAAAAUCAGUUUUCAGUUAGCUGUGCGUGUGCUGUUAGUGCACCGAUUGUGCCAAACUUUUGCCGAUAUUAUAUCAAAUAUUCAAGAUAAUCACUAAACACAAAGCUUUAUUCUGAAGAACAUGAAUAAAUUUCCAACUGUGAUAAGAUAUGGAAUUUAAACAUAGCAUAGCAUAUGGCUAAUGAAAGUUGUUAAAUAAUUAUGUAGUUUACAAUGAUGACAUAUUUCUGGUGACUAUGAACACUUGCAGUGUAUACAGGCAUAUGUAAGAAUGCGCUAUUGCUAUACCAGUAGAAUCCAUGAAUUAACGACAUGAUUACAAACAUUGAAAUUUAUUUAUAAGCCAAGUUUAGUGGAAUCAAUACAACAGUAACGAAAGAUGUGCACUGGGAAAAAAACAAUACUAAUUUGAAAUAGAAAACUUGAUGGUCACGGGUCCCUAUUUGACAUGCUGCAUAUGUGAAUAUAUAUUGUACAAGUCUGGUGCAUUUUAAAUAUUUCUGAUCAUACAUUCGCAGUAUAUACAUAGUAUGGCUUGAUUAAGUUGUAUUUUAUGUUUGUUUUGUGAAUUAAAGUGCAAUAAAAUGUAUGACAAAUUAUUA